AUGCCAAUUUGCCAAAGCCGUGCCUGCGUCGACAACCCGAAGGAGACCGACGUUUUCAGCGCAGCUCGAUCUCUGUCCCAUCCUCCAUCUGUUGUAACUCUUGACGGUUCACCUCGCGGGUUCGCGUGUCUAUCUGAAGCCACGCCUUCUCUUCAGUUGCUGCAGUUGACGGAGCAUGGUCGGGGUCUUCUGGCUUCCAGAAGGAAAUCCCUUCUUCUUGCCACCGGCAUCUUAGUUGCUGGCGGCACUGCUGCAUAUGCUCAUUCCCGUUUUAGCAAACAGAAGUCCAAUACUUUUGGUCAUUUUAAUGGGAUUGACAAUGACCAAGAAAAAUCAAAUAAGGCUGGCAGAGGUCAGGAAAGUGGAAAAAAAGCUAGUCAAAAGAAAGGUGGAUUGAAGUCACUGCAGGUCCUUACAGCCAUUCUUCUAUCCAAGAUGGGCCAGAUGGGUGCAAGGGACCUUUUGGCUCUAAUUGGUAUAGUGAAUAUGGCAUACUACAAAAUUUCCCAUGUUGAUGGGCGCAUAUCUAAUCCAGAGCAACGGAUCGCAAGUGAUGUGCCAAGGUUCUGUUCAGAAUUGAGCGAUCUUGUGCAGGAUGAUUUGACAGCUGUAGCAGAUGGCCUGCUUUAUACCUGGCGCCUAUGUUCUUAUGCUAGCCCAAAAUACGUUUUUUGGAUUUUGGCAUAUGUAAUGGGGGCAGGGGCCAUGAUCAGAAAUUUCUCUCCUGCUUUUGGGAAACUAAUGUCCAUAGAGCAACAACUGGAAGGAGAAUAUCGGCAGGUCCAUUCUCGGUUGAGGACUCAUGCAGAAAGUAUAGCAUUUUAUGGCGGAGAAAAGAGAGAAGCAUCUCAUAUUCAGCAGAAGUCUCAAAAUCUGGUGAAGCACAUGAGAGUUGUCCUUCAUGACCAUUGGUGGUUUGGAAUGAUCCAAGACUUCUUGUUGAAAUAUCUAGGCGCUACAGUUGCUGUUAUCUUGAUUAUUGAACCUUUCUUUGCUGGUGACCUUAGACCCGAUACUUCAACUCUGGGACGUGCUGAAAUGUUGAGCAAUUUGAGAUACCAUACCAGUGUCAUCAUAUCCUUGUUUCAAUCUCUUGGUACACUGUCUAUAAGUUCAAGACGGCUCAAUCGUCUCAGUGGUUAUGCAGACCGCAUUCAUGAAUUAAUGGUCAUAUCAAGAGAGCUAAGCGGUGCCAACGAAAAAUAUUCUUCUCGAGGAAAUGGAAACCAAAUUUUCAGUGAAGCUAAUUUCAUACAAUUUUCUAAUGUCAAGGUUGUUACCCCGACUCAAAAUGUUUUGGUGGAGGAUUUAACUUUAACGGUUGAAUCAGGGUCAAAUCUUUUGAUUACAGGACCAAAUGGCAGUGGGAAAAGUUCGCUUUUUCGAGUUCUAGGAGGCCUGUGGCCACUUGUAUCCGGCCAUAUUGCAAACCCUGGCGUUGGUUCUGACCUUAAUAAGGAGAUAUUCUACGUGCCGCAACGACUGUACACCGCUUUUGGCACACUUCGUGACCAGCUGAUUUAUCCUCUUACGGAAGAUCCAGAAGUUGAUCUGGAGUAUCUGUUGGACCGUUAUCCACCAGAGAAAGAGAUAAAUUGGGGUGAUGAAUUAUCUUUGGGGGAGCAGCAGAGAUUAGGGAUGGCUAGGCUAUUCUACCACAAGCCUAAGUUUGCAAUUCUUGAUGAGUGCACAAGUGCUGUGACAACCGAUAUGGAGGAACGGUUUUGUGCUAAAGUUCUGGCUAUGGGAACAUCAUGCAUAACCAUUUCACAUAGGCCUGCAUUGGUUGCGUUUCAUGAUGUGGUUUUGUCCCUGGAUGGUGAAGGGGGCUGGAGCGUGCACUACAAGAGGAAGCUGUUCUGUUGUACUGAACAUAAAAGAUGCAGGGAUGAUUCUCCUGUCCUCACUGAAGCUGGAAGCAAUAGGGUUAUGUCUUCUGAGACAGAACGCCAGAGUGAUGCAAUGGCUGUCCAGCGAGCAUUUGCUACCAACGCAAAGGACUCUGCAUUUUCAAAAACAAAGGCACAGUCAUAUGUAUCAGAGGUGAUUGCAAGAUCUCCUUCUACUGACAAUCUUAGUUCAUUGCCUCUUGUCCCACAACUUAAGAGUUCACCGAGGAUAUUGCCAUUGAGAGUAGCUGCCUUAUUCAAAGUAUUGGUACCAACAGUGCUUGAUAAACAAGGUGCACAACUUCUUGCGGUUGCUGUUCUUGUAUUAUCAAGAACAUGGGUAUCAGAUCGUAUUGCCUCGUUGAACGGAACCACUGUGAAGUAUGUCCUAGAGCAGGACAAGGCAUCUUUCACUCGGCUUAUUGGUGUUAGUGUCCUGCAAAGUGCUGCAUCUUCCUUCAUUGCACCUUCUUUGAGUAUAUGGCUCAAACAGAUAUGUGAGAUUGGAAGUAGGGACAUUUGGUAUAAAUUAAUUGUUUUUCAUCAUCUGACAGCAAGGCUAGCCCUUGGGUGGAGGAUACGCCUGACACAGCAUCUACUGAAGAAUUAUCUUAGAAACAAUGCGUUCUACAAGGUUUUCAACAUGUCAAGCAGAAACAUAGAUGCUGACCAGAGGAUAACUACUGAUCUUGAAAAGUUAACUACUGAUUUGUCAGGAUUAGUCACUGGAAUGGUAAAGCCAUCUGUUGACAUUCUCUGGUUCACCUGGCGAAUGAAGCUUUUGACGGGUCGGAGGGGUGUUGCCAUAUUGUAUGCUUACAUGUUACUAGGUUUGGGUUUCUUAAGGACUGUGACUCCUGACUUUGGCGACCUGACUAGUCAACAACAACAGCUAGAAGGAACCUUUAGAUGGAUAUACAUGAAUAGCUCCUUGUUGCCUGCCUGUUUUUUGCCUUCAUCUUCGGAGUCCAAAUGUUUGCUUACUACUGAUGAAGUUGAUGUUCAAUCAGGGGUAUCUGCAUCUGAUGCCAUAUUGCCAUCAAAAAGCAGCAAUCUUCAUUCUGAAGACAACAUUUCAUUCUAUAAAGUGGACAUCAUUACCCCAGCACAGAAAUUGCUUGCCAGGAAGUUUACAUGUGAUAUUGUACCUGGAAAGAGCUUACUUGUUACUGAUCAGAGAUCAGGUGACUCGACCCACCUAGACAUGCACCUGAAAACUAUUCUUGAGAACGUCAGAUUAAAUUACCUUCUGGAGAGGGAGGGAGGUAGUUGGGAUGCUAACAAAAAUUGGGAAGAUGUCCUUUCUCUGGGAGAACAACAGAGAUUGGGCAUGGCACGAUUAUUCUUCCACAAGCCCCUGUUUGGCAUUCUCGACGAGUGCACUAAUGCCACGAGUGUUGAUGUCGAGGAACACUUGUAUAGGCUUGCGGCUGAUAUGGGUAUAACUGUUGUCACUUCCUCGCAACGUCCUGCUCUUAUUCCAUUCCAUUCGUUGGAAUUGCGGCUUAUCGAUGGUGAGGGUUUGGUGGGGUGCAGCCUUCAACAUUCUGAAAGGUGUUUGAAGACAGACAUUACAAUAAACCAAGUCUUAUUAGGCAGGAAACCUUCGGGGAUUCCCAUUUUCUUGGUUGAAGUUAUGAACGAAUGCUCGUCGGCGUGCACCAUCGCAAACGUCUGCUUCCACUGUGGCAAAUUCAGCUCCGACAAUCGGAUAAGACCAAAAAUCUUCAAGCGGCUCGACUAUGACGACUGCUUGGUGAAUAACGGGACAGCCCUCACCCCCGGUCAGGUCCUCUCGUUCAAGUACUCCACCACCUGCAUGUACCCCCUCUCCGUUUCAAAUCUCGACAUCUCUUGCUACACCUGA